AUGGCGUUCAUCGAAAGCCUUGUCGACGUAGAAUUCGUAAAGGAUUUAGUAUGUAGUCAAGGCAAAACACAUGAGGAAGUUUCAAACAUUUUAAAGGAGAUGUUUCCUGAAACAACUCGCGGGCUAGGCGAGAAGAGUGUGUACCGCUUUUGUAAGGAACACGGAUUAAGAAGGACCAAAUCUGACGCAGAACUCGAUGUUACUGUGAGAAAUGCUGUGUCUAUGGUAAGCGUAUAUUUAUUCUUUUAAAUCCGGAGAUAGUUCGAGUAAGUGGGUUGAAUUAUACAGGGCUUAGGAGGGAGGUAGUGCAGCUAGAAUGGUAGGGGGGUAGUGCAGCUAGAAUGGUAGGGGGGUAGUGCGGCUAGAAUGGUGGGAGGGGGUAGUGCAGCUACAAUGGUGGGAGGGGGUAGUGCAGCUACAAUGGUGGGGAGUGUAGAUAUUUAAAAUUGAAGAAUGUAUAUUAUACCCAACCUACAGGCGUAGGGACUCCCCGCAUUGAAGUAUAUACACACAUUAAAGUAAAGGACCAACUUUGUAUAACUCCUUUCAAUCUCCAAAAGCCUUGUCCGGGGGUGGGGUGAACGGAGAUUGUGUAGAAAAAGUUUGUUGGUAAAUUGAUUGGAAAUGGUCGGUAAAUUGAUUAAUGAAUAAAAUUGAGUUGGCUGGUAAACGUAGAGGAGCAGCCCACCAGUUGAAAGGGUCCUUGUCUACGACGUUCUCUUCUGAUUUCCAUGAAUAUUUUCACUGAUGUGUAUGUAUGCUAUUUCAGGUUGGUCCAGUAUAUGGAAGGAAAAUGCUGAAGGGAUUUUUGGACAGUAGAGCUAAAAUAGUAGUGGCAUCCGAAAAACGAAUUGGUUCUUCUCUUGCCAGAGUCAAACCAGAUAACCAUAGAAGGAGGCAACAGAACAUUGCCAGACAGAUAAAUCCUGCUCCAUAUGUUGCUACGCAUUUUGGUCACAAAUUACACAUGACCAAAACGAGAAGCUUGUCAGAUAUGGUGCUACUCAU